UAAACGAAAAGGGUUUCCUCAUCAGCGUGCAACCUAGACACCAACGAUAGCUCCAAGUGAACGAUAGCCGUAAGCGAAUAAUGGUGUUGAUAGCAGCCGGACAGCUCUCCUCUACCUCUUCGCUUAAGAAGAAUGGUGAAGUGGCCGUUAGACUUAUCGAAAGAGCAGUUAAAGCCAACGCAAAAGUGCUAUUUCUUCCAGAAGCCUCAGAUUACAUAGCCAAAUCGCAGGAAUUUUCCAAAGAAUUGGCCAAACACGUUGAUGAAUCACCAUUUGUCCAAGCCAUAUCCUCAAAGUUGAGACAGCUAUCCAGUGCUGGAGUCGACCUCGAGGUUAACGUUGGUGUCCAUGAACCGUCCAAAGAGGGCAACCGAGUAUUGAACACCUCAUUGUGGUUCAAUCCAAGGGGGGAAAUCGUCCACAGGUACCAAAAAGUCCAUUUGUUUGAUGUUGAGAUCCCUGGGGGUGCUAUAAUCAAAGAGUCUCAAGGUGUGGAGCCCGGAAAUAGUGUUGUGGCACCGUUUAGCUCUCCUGCUGGGAACGUUGGAUUGGCAAUCUGCUAUGAUCUACGCUUCCCAGAGAUUGCUUUGAGGUUGAGAACUUUGGGAGCUGAUAUCUUAUCGUUUCCUUCGGCUUUUACGCAGAGAACAGGCGCAGCCCAUUGGCAUCUGCUGGGACGUUCAAGGGCAAUUGAUACACAGUGCUAUGUUGUGAUGGCAGCUCAAACAGGUGGCCAUGUCACUAGUAUAACAGAUGACAGUGAUGCCCAAGGAUUAGCAAUCGAGGCACCAACAAGGUUCAGCUAUGGACACACUAUAAUUGUGGAUCCAUGGGGUACAAUCAUAGCCGAAGUUAGUGAUAUCGAUCCACAGGCUGAGUCGAUUUGCGUUGCAGACAUUGAUUUAGAGCAUUUGACUAAAGUAAGAACCAACAUGCCACUAUGGAACCAGAGAAGACCUGACGUAUUUGGGUAUGACGUUUGAGUACGCCCAGGCCAAUGCACGUUUUCCUAAACAUUGAUUACACAACCAUUUGUCACUAGUGAUGACAAUUAUAAGAUAAUCGAAACUUAGCAAUGCAUUAGGA